CCAUUCUUCAUCGUCAAACAAGAAUGCGGUAACAAAAGAAACUGUUUGUCAAAACAAAUAACAGCGAGUUGGCGUAAAUUGAGCGUAGUAGUAGCUGUCAGCUGUCAAGUCAACACCUCAGCUUCUCGUCCCACAUCUAAACGACCUGCCAUGGCUCUGAAGAGAAUACAGAAGGAGCUGAAGGAUUUGCAGAAAGAUCCUCCAUCUUCGUGCUCAGCCGGACCUGUAGGAGAAGACAUGUUCCACUGGCAAGCAACCAUCUUAGGACCGACUGACAGUCCAUAUAACGGAGGAGUAUUCUUCCUUGCUGUCCAUUUCCCCACUGACUAUCCUUUUAAACCACCUAAGGUUUCUUUUACAACAAAAAUCUAUCAUCCAAACAUAAACAGCAAUGGUAGCAUCUGCCUUGACAUCCUGAGGUCACAGUGGUCCCCUGCCCUGACUGUGUCAAAAGUUUUAUUAUCAAUUUGCUCUCUGCUAUGUGACCCAAAUCCAGAUGAUCCGCUAGUCCCAGACAUUGCACAUACCUACAAAUCUGACAGGCAAAAGUACAACAGACAAGCCAAAGACUGGACUCAGAGGUAUGCAAUGUGAAGGGUGUAGUUUCAACAACUCCUCCUCCUCCUCGAGCACCUCAGAAUAUGACAGUACUGUUCCAACAGUUUAUUCACACUGGUUUUAGCUAAGUUCAGUCUAUUUUCAUACGCUUGAAGCACAUUCUCCAUUCCAAUUUUAUUUGACUUAACUGUUUUUACUGUUCAUUUUUUUUCCCCCCCUUAAAUUGGCAUUAUUGUUUGCAUGGGCAGUGGUGAGAUGCUUUGAUUGUAUUUUUCUUUUAAGAUAUUUACUAUAUAUUGUACAAAACUGUUCUAAAUUUAUUUUGCAUUAAAGCAUUAAUCAAAUUAUGAUUCAAAUUUUUUUCCUUGCAAUAAACAAACAGUCUGACAUUA